UCUGCCUGACCUGAGAAGCCUCUUCGGGGACGCAGGAUGCAAAACCCCGCACACACCUGGGGCACCUGGACACGUGGGUGUCCACCUCGCGGGGGUCUUUUCGGACUCUGGGAGCAAAAACACUCACGUGGACACCUGUGUUCACACGCAGGUACAUCUGCAGAGACCUUUAUUUGAACACACGCUCGGGACGGGGCACCUGCACCGCGCAGCACCUGGGGCUCCCGCACUUGAAGCUGAUGGACAUUGUAUGGGCCAGAGGCAGGGAUGGUCGGCUAUGACCCCAAGGCAGAUGGCAGGAAUAUCUCCAAUUUCGAGGUGGCAGUGGCUGGGUCUGUGUCUGGACUUGUCACUCGAGCCUUGAUCAGCCCCUUGGAUGUCAUCAAGAUCCGUUUUCAGCUUCAGAUUGAGCGCCUGUCUCGCAGGGACCCCAACGCGAAGUACCAUGGGAUCCUGCAGGCCGCGAGGCAGAUUCUGCAGGAGGAGGGCCCGGCAGCAUUCUGGAAGGGACACAUCCCAGCCCAGCUUCUCUCUGUAGGCUACGGAGCUGUCCAAUUUUUGUCGUUUGAAAUGCUGACUAAGCUGGUGCACAGAGCCGGUGUGUGCGAUGCCCGCGACUCCUCCGUGCACUUUGUGUGCGGCGGCCUGUCUGCCUGCGUGGCCACCCUCGCCGUGCAUCCCGUGGACGUCCUCCGCACCCGCUUUGCAGCCCAGGGUGAGCCCAGGGUGUAUAAAACCCUGAGGAAUGCCGUGGCCACCAUGUACAGGACCGAAGGCCCCUCGGUCUUCUACAAAGGCCUGAACCCCACCUUGAUCGCCAUCUUCCCCUACGCCGGUUUCCAGUUCUCCUUCUACAACUCCCUAAAGCACGCGUACGAGUGGGUCACGCCAGCCGAAGGAAAGAAAAACGAAAACCUCAAAAACCUGCUUUGUGGCAGUGGAGCUGGAGUCAUCAGCAAGACCCUCACGUAUCCCCUGGACCUCUUCAAAAAACGGCUGCAAGUCGGAGGGUUUGAGCGGGCUCGAGCUGCCUUCGGCCAGGUCCGGAGCUACCAGGGCCUCCUGGACUGCGGCAGGCAGGUGCUGCGGGAGGAGGGCGCGCAGGGCUUCUUCAAGGGCCUGUCCCCCAGCCUGCUGAAGGCCGCCCUCUCCACCGGCCUCAUCUUCUUCUGGUACGAGUUCUUCUGUAACCUCUUCCACCACAUGAAGACGACACACAGCUAGCCUUGGGGGCCAGAAGGUGGCCUGAGGUCUCUCAGGAGGCGACCUGAAAGAAGUAAGACUUGAUCUGCAAUCUCUUGUUGUGCUGAGAGGUGCUGCCUGGCCCGCCCCCCGUCCGGCCAGCUGCCCGGAGCGUUAAGAGCCCUGGGGAGCAGGCCACAGCCUUGAUCCGACCAGCGUGGGAGCCCCCACAGGGCAAGGGCUUCCUCCCUGCGUGGGCCCAGCGGGCAUGGGGGACGUGGUCUGUGGGACCCCGGCCCCUCCAGGCAAGGAGCUUGAAGCCCCCUCUCCAUCUCGCUUACACUCGAAGGGGAACAGCCGCUUGCAUCCUGCGCUUCUAGCCCAGCUGCCCCAAGAGCUCUCCUGGGUGGGGCUCCAGCCUAGGGCGAGGGCUGGGACUUGCCAGUGGCAGGGGUCUGGUCCCCACACCUGGGCUCUGGUCCCCACCACCUCGUUUAAUAGACAUUUAAGCUAAAAGCACAUUCCUUACCUUACCCCUCUGCCUUCCCUCCUAGGUCACAUUGCUCCUGGACACUGAUUGUUCCCAACCCUCCCCAAAGUCCACUUUCUCAGUAGCUGCAGCCCUCAGGCAGCUUUGCUGCUAGUUCUGGGGAGGAAUCCAAGCUGAACUUGGCCACUUUCUAACCCCCACAUUCAGAGCUUCCUGUCUGUAACUGCUCGCCUUGGGGUCCUCGCUCCCUGAGCAGGACUCAUCUUGCCCCGGGGGCUCUGGGGAAAGCAGGCACAGCAGGAAGUGGGGGCUGUGUUGAGGGGGAGGUGCGGGAAAGCAGCGGCCCUUUUCCCCAGCGCACCUAGGGCAGCCCUCCUGGGUGGCUGGGAGCUCACAGCCAAGUCAGCUGGCGUCCGCUGCCCCCUCAGCAUCCUCUCCGGCUCGGCAAGUUGCCGUGUGUCCACUCUGUAGCCCCAGAAGGGCCACAGCUCUGAUGCAGCCCAUGAAUGGGGUGGUGGAAGGAGGGGGUUGGGCAGACAGGCGGUGCCCA